AAAAGCAAAUUAAAGACUCACAUGAGGAUCCACACUGGAGAGAAACCAUUCACAUGCACUCAGUGUGGGAAGAGUUUUAGCAAAUCAUCAUCGCUUUAUAGACACAUGAAGAUCCACACCGGAGAAAAACCAUUCACUUGCACUCAUUGUGGGAAGAGUUUCAACCACUCAUCAUUCCUUAAUCUACACAUGAGGAUCCACACUGGAGAGAAACCAUUAACAUGCCCUCAGUGUGGGAAGAGUUUUAGCAAAUCAUCGUCGCUUUAUAGACACAUGAAGAUCCACACCGGAGAAAAACCUUUCACAUGCACUCAGUGUGGGAAGAGUUUUAACUGCUCAUCAUCCCUUAAUAAACACAUGAGGAUCCAUACCGGAGAAAAACCAUUCACUUGCACUCAGUGUGGGAGGAGUUUCAGCCUAUCAACAUCCCUUAAUCAACAAAUGAGGAUCCACACUGGAGAGAAACCAUUCACUUGCACUCAGUGUGGGAAGAGUUUCAGCCUAUCAACAUCCCUUAAUCAACACAUGAGGAUCCACACUGGAGAGAAACCAUUCACUUGCACUCAGUGUGGGAAGAGUUUCAGCAAAUCAUCAUCCCUUAAUCUACACAUGAGGAUCCACACUGGAGAGAAACCAUUCACAUGCCCUCAGUGUGGGAAGAGUUUCAGCCUAUCAUCAAACCUUAAUCAACACAUCAUGAUCCACACUGGAAAGAAACCAUUCACAUGCACUCAAUGUGGGAAGAGUUUUAGCCAAUCAUCAUACCUUAAAAACCACAUGAAGAUUCACACUAGUGUAAAAGAGUAUGUGUGCUUGGAGUGUGAGAAGACUUUUAUUACAGCUGCAGAAUUGAAACGGCACCAGAGGAUUCACACUGGAGAAAAACCGUACAAG